UUCGCCAACCGCCUGCUCCACUCGCGCUUCUGGAAAGCGUUCUAUAUCGCCAUGCUGGUCAUGAGCGUGACUUGCCUCGUCUGGGCUUAUUAUGUGCCAUGUCCGGGGGCUUGGUUUUAUGUGUUGGAGGUGUGCGUCAAUGGUGCGAUGUUGGUUGAGGUGGGAGUACGGUUUUGUGCACUUGGGAAGCACUUCUGGACAAGCCCCUGGAACCUGCUCGACCUGGCCCUCACGCCGAUUUGCCUAGUAACCCUCUUCCUCCUCCUCCUAACCCCCUGCUCGCCGUCACGUACCGACGAGAUGGAAUUCGAAGACAUCCUCCUCGUCGUCCGCAACGGCGUCGUACUGGCGCGGUUGCUGUGGGUGCUGGGAAAGAACAGG